AUGAGCGCACGCGGUGAAGGCGCCGGGCAGCCGUCCACUUCAGCCCAGGGACAACCUGCCGCCCCGGCGCCUCAGAAGAGAGGACGCGGCCGACCCAGGAAGCAGCAGCAAGAGCCAACCGGUGAGCCCUCUCCUAAGAGACCAAGGGGAAGACCCAAAGGCAGCAAAAACAAGAGUCCCUCCAAAGCAGCUCAAAAGAAAGCAGAAGCCACUGGAGAAAAACGGCCAAGAGGCAGACCUAGGAAAUGGUCCACUCACUUUCGAGCCCUUUCUCCGUCCAACAUUGCUCACAAAGGAAUCUCUGAGUCUGAGAAGGAACAAAUAUCCAGUAACCUUCUGCUGCUGGCCUCACUGAAAGGGGAGAGAAUUGUGUUGAAUGCCAUUGGAAGUGUAAGGAUUUCUUGUGACAGUUACGUCUCAGGAGAAAACUAG